CAUCGAUAUAGAUUUGUAUCAAAAUAAUCCGAAGCUAUUUAUAAAUAUUAUUUUCUCAGCUUUUACUUAUGUUCAAACGUUAAUAGUAACGUCUGAUCUAUAAUUAACUUGUGAAAGUUUAUAAAUAUUACAGUAUUCCAUGGUGAAGUAGUGAGGCGACGCGGUUAUUAGUGGCAAAGGUUGCCAUUUUUUUAGUGGGAUAUAAUCGUGUGUGGUGAUAUCAGGGCGUGAUCUCAGUGCUCCGAGUUGCUUUGAGUCCGGUCGGGGGCAGUGUUGAGAUGCAACUAGUGUCAGUGAGCUCGAGGUAAUAGCAGUGCGUGUUGUGGUCGUGGUGACGUGAUGAUGCGGUCGCAGUGAGGGGGCAGAGCGACACCACGGCUUCGUCAGUGGCGGGCGGCGCGCGGGGAGCCGAGUCUCCUUCGCAGCCCAACCAAGACACGGUGGACAACGCCACACCCACCUGCUGGUGGGCGGCGUGGUCGGCAAUGGGAUGCUUCGGCUCGCCAGGCGGCAAGAGCAGCGAAGACGAUGCGAAGAAACAGAAGCGUCGCAGCGAUGCCAUCACCAAGCAGCUGCAGAAGGAUAAGCAGCUAUAUCGCGCGACGCAUCGGCUGCUCCUGCUGGGCGCGGGCGAGUCCGGAAAGUCGACCAUUGUGAAACAGAUGCGCAUCCUUCACGUCAACGGCUUCUCCGACAAGGAGCGCCGGGAGAAGAUCGAGGACAUCAAGAAGAAUAUUAGAGAUGCUAUACUUACAAUCACGGGCGCUAUGAGCACCCUCACGCCCCCCAUACCGCUUGAAAAGCCCGAGAAUAAGGCGCGCGUCGAUUAUAUACAGGACGUAGCGUCGCAGCCGGACUUCGACUACCCGAUGGAGUUCUACGAGCACACGGAGGCGCUGUGGCACGACGCCGGCGUGCAGCGCACCUACGAGCGGAGCAACGAGUACCAACUCAUCGACUGCGCCAAGUAUUUCCUGGACCAGGUGCACAUAAUAAAGCAGCCGAACUACACUCCGACGGAGCAGGACAUCCUCCGCUGCCGAGUGCUUACCUCCGGCAUCUUUGAGACGCAGUUCGUCGUCGAUAAAGUCAAUUUCCACAUGUUCGACGUGGGCGGUCAACGAGACGAGCGUCGCAAGUGGAUCCAGUGCUUCAACGACGUGACGGCCAUUAUAUUCGUGACGGCCUGCUCCUCGUACAACAUGGUGCUGCGCGAGGAUCCCACGCAGAACCGGCUACGGGAGUCACUCGACCUCUUCAAGAGCAUAUGGAACAAUAGAUGGCUGCGCACGAUCUCAGUGAUCCUGUUCCUGAACAAGCAGGACCUGCUGGCGGAGAAGGUGCUGGCGGGCAAGUCUCGGCUCGAGGAAUACUUCGCGGACUUCGCGCGAUAUACCACGCCGCCCGACGCGGUGCCCGACCCCAGGGACCAUCCCGACGUCGCGCGCGCCAAGUACUUCAUACGGGACGAGUUCCUUGUUAGUAUACCAUCCUACUUUCAUUGAUUUUAUUACCUUCCC